GUGUGUUCUGGCUCAACCUGGUCACAUUUUCGCCAGCCAAUUUUUCGAAAAUUAGAAUCUAUUUUGCUGCCCAUUAGCCAAGUCGUAAACACCUGUCCAUCGCUUAGCCAGAAUGUCUGACGUGUUCAUCGUCUCCGCCGCCCGCACGCCCAUAGGUAGCUUUAAUGGAUCGCUUUCCAAACUGAAGGCCUCCGAUCUGGGAAGCGUGGUGAUCCAGGAGGUGCUCCGGCGGGCCAACGUGGAGGGCCAACAGGUCAGCGAGGUGAUCUUGGGCCAGGCACUAACCGCCGGUCAGGGUCAAAAUCCCGCUCGACAGGCGUCCCUCAAGGCGGGUCUGCCCAUCCAGGUGCCCGCCUACGGCAUCAAUAUGCUCUGUGGCUCCGGCUUGAAAACUGUGGCCCUGGGUUACCAGGCCAUCCGCUCGGGAGACGCACAGAUUGUGGUGGCCGGCGGCCAGGAGAGCAUGUCCCUCGCUCCACACGUCAUGCACCUGCGGCAGGGCGUCAAAAUGGGCCCCGGCACCUUGGUGGACUCGAUGAUCCACGACGGCCUCACCGACGCCAUGGAGAACAUACACAUGGGCAUCACCGCCGAGAAUCUGGCAGAGAAAUACCAAAUCAGUCGCGAGGCCCAGGACGCCUAUGCCGUGCAGUCACAAAAUCGCGCGGAGGAGGCCCAGAAAAGUGGCUACUUCGACAAGGAGAUUGUGCCCGUGGAGGUGAAGGAUCGCAAGGGCACGCAGAUCUUCAGCAAGGAUGAGUACAUCAAGGCGGGCAGCACCGUUGAGGGCAUACAGAAGCUGCGGGCAGCCUUCAAAGAAGGCGGCUCCAUAACCGCUGGCAAUGCCUCUGGCGUCAACGAUUCCGCCGCCGCCGUGCUGCUAAUGUCUGGCGAGGAGGUGGCCAAGAAGGGCCUGAAACCGCUGGCAAAGAUUGUGGGCUGGACGCAGAGUGGCAUUGAGCCCAAGGUGAUGGGUCUGGGGCCAGUCACCGCAGUGGAAGCCCUGCUAACGAAGAUCAACUGGAAGCGCGAGGAAGUGGAUCUGUACGAGCUCAACGAAGCCUUCGCCGCCCAAUCCCUUGCCGUGCUGCAGGACCUGCAGCUGGACGCCAGCAAGGUGAAUGUUAAUGGCGGUGCCAUUGCCCUGGGUCAUCCGAUUGGCGCUUCGGGUGCCCGUGUCCUGGUCACUCUGCUCUACGCCCUGGAGCGCACUGGCGGAAGUCGAGGCAUUGCAUCGCUCUGCAUCGGUGGCGGCAUGGGAAUCGCCCUGGCCGUGGAGCGGGUCCUCUAAUCCCCUCUCAUCGUCAUCCCAGCUACAUAUUUAUUGCCUAUUUCCGUCUCCCACUUAAGUGUAAAGUUUCUAUAUUCUCGAUCACGUAGUAUUCCCACGUACUUACUUAUAGGCACAACCCAUGUCACAAGCUCAGUCACAAAGUGUACUCAAUUAAAACUAAUUUUUAGUUGAAUUUUCAAUUGGCCUUGAUUUGGAACACCUCAUCUUAAGUGAUAAAGCGAAACACAGUUUGCUUUGUAUUCCUGGAAAAUUCAAUUGUUCAAUUUUCCUGAACUGCGUCAAUUGUUUGUAAAAAGCAUUUGAACUUGAUUUGGAACACAUCAUCUUAAGUGGAGAAGCGAAACACAGUUUGCUUUGUAUUCCUGGAAAAUGCAAUUGUUUAAUUUUCCUGAAUUGCCUCAAUUGUUUAUAAAAAGCAUUUGUUAUGAUGAUGCACAACCCCGUUUUAUUUGCUUUUAGUUUCUCUGGUACACAUGCAAUUUUUUCUACACUGUGAAUUAAAUUAGCGAUUCAGUUUCACAACGUGUCAAUCCUUAACUAUAUAUACUCAAAAAGGCAUGGCAUCAUUAUAAAACGUGUAGGUUUGGAAAAUUAGUAGCUUAUCGUGCUAUUAAAUGUUAGCUUAUACAAUAAAUUGGGCUAAAGUAUAUUAAAACUUUCGGUUAUUAAACUAUUUAAUGUAUUAA